AUGAAUGCGGGCGGCCCUGGCGGCGGAGAUAGUAAUGCGCCUACAGGGACUGAGUACACGCUGCAGGGAGUUAUGCGCUUCCUACAGCUGGAAUGGCACAACCAUGAGCGCGCAAGAAACGCCUGGGACAUCGAGCGCGCAGAGAUGAAAGCAAAAAUCGCGAAGCAGGAGGGCGAGGUUCGCAGCGCGAAGAAGCUGAAUGACCAGCUGAACAAGCACAUACGCAUGCUCGAGCAGGCAUUGACGAACGAGCGUGCCAAGAAUAAGGCUGCUGCUGCGGGAGGGGAUGCCCAAGCGGCAGCAGAUGAAAAGAAGGACGCAAAGGCUAAGGCGGCUUCCAAGAGUGGUAUGGAACCUAAAAAGCCACCAAACAAGCACCACAACUCCUUCCUCGACGUGGAUCCCGAACUCUCCGAGCGAGCAGAAGCGGAGCGAGACAACCUACGCGAGAAAUCGAGAUUAUACAUGAGGCAGUGUUUAGACGAGAUAACCUACCUUCUGACACCGCCCCCUCAACCGGCCCCACAGCAGGGCCUACAUGGGCUCGGGAACGGCUCCGGAUUCUUGAAUCAUGGGGAUGCUUCAAUGGAGGAGAUGUAUCUCCAGCAACAACACCGUCAAAAGAUGCAGUCGCAGCUGCCUACCAUGCCGAACACGUCUAUGCCCAAUCACCAACCGCCGUCCAUUCCUACCUCCGAGCUCCAUAAUCUACCUCACCAGGCGCAGCAGUUCCACCAAGCACCUCAGAUGACACGAGAGCCGUCCAGUCAGGUACCGCUCCCACCCCACUCCGGACCACCAACGGAGUUCUUGGGCCAACAAUCGCAAUCGCAGGCUCCGCAAAGCUUCGCAUCCGUGCCCGAGGAGCAGAUCGAAAAAGUUACCCACACAUUUGACAAUCAUGGGCGGCAAAUACCAAAUAGAGAAGAAGGGACUCUGGGUUCUACUCAGAUGAACGCAGCAGACUCGGAGAGUUGGAAUUUUGAAGAGCCAAUCACAGAGAUACCUCAGGAAGCGCCGCCUCCACGAAGACCGGACACUGAAAUGUUCCCCAGUGCAAAUAACAUCCCUUCCAAGUCUCCGCCACGCCAUGGAAAGCGAAGAACAAGUCUAGACCUGCACCGCAGGCGGCAGAGUCAGGGGGACACCCGUGAAGCCAGCGGCCAGGGUACCCGCUCUGACCCGCAGAACUUCAAGGUCCGAUUUGCUCUGCGCGGACAUCUUGAUGUCGUUAGAUCAGUUAUCUUCACCGGAGGCGGCAGUCCCACAGAGCCGGAAAUUUGCACAGCUGGCGAUGAUGGCAUGAUCAAGAGGUGGAUUAUCCCAGCCAGCUACGCCAACCAGCACAGUAUGAGCAACGAUCUCGAUAUCUCCCCAUAUUGGUCUCACCGAGGCCACGAUGGAAUAGUCACGUCUCUUGCAGCAUGUCCAUCUUCGGCAUCUUUCUCAACAGGCGGCCGAGUGUCUGGUGACGGAUGGAUAUUCUCCGGAGGACAAGAUGCUACUGUUCGAGUGUGGGAAAGGGGACGUGUGGAUCCAAAGGCAACGCUUGACGGCCAUACAGAUGCUGUCUGGACCGUCUGUGUCCUUCCGGCGACAUGCGCUUCCGUAUUCGGAACUGACUGUAACAACUAUGGCGGUCCAGAUCGGGUCCUCCUCGCUUCGGGAUCUGCGGAUGGGACCAUUAAGAUCUGGGCUGUGAGCGCACCUCCACAAUUGGUCUCGCCACAAUCGGGUUCACGAAGAGGUAUAGGAGGAAGUCGACGGCAUUCUGUUACCUCUGGGUCAAACUACCCUUCGUCGCCGCAGCCAAGCGUCGCUACCUCCACCCCGUUCCAUUACAUGCUCGUACAUACAAUCGAGCGAGCAACGCAUCCUUCACCGACUUGCAUCGCCCCGCUUUCGCCGGCAGGCGAGAACUUUGUGGUAUCUUUCUCGGAUGCUUCGAUCCUUGUAUACGACACUCGGACCGGCGAGGAGGUUAUCGGCAUGGCCAGCGCUGAGACGUAUGAUGGGACUCCUGCGACUGGGAUAACUUCCGUCGUUACCACCUCACAGAGCAUAGAGGGAACAGCUUCGCAGGAGACUGGCCGAGGCGUCUCCGAGGAAGAGGGCGUCGUGCAUGGCCCGACAGGAUCAAGUAGCGCCGGUGGCAUCGAAGGGGUGAUUAUUAGCGGCCACGAAGACCAGUUCAUCCGGUUUUACGAUGCCAAUUCUGGACAAUGUACAUAUAGCAUGCUAGCGCACCCCUCGGCCAUCUCUUCCCUCUCCAUCAGCAAGGACGGUCGCGAAGCUGUAUCGGCCGGUCACGAUGCGUCCAUCCGCUUCUGGUCGCUUGAUAAACGCAUUUGCACGCAGGAAAUUACCGCCCAUCGCAUCAUGCGCGGCGAGGGUGUUUGCAGCGUAGUGUGGAGUCAAGACGGGCGUUUAGUGGUCUCAGCCGGCGGAGACGGCGUUGUCAAGGUUUUCGCCAGAUAA